GUCGGAGUCAUAACUGUGCAGUGCCUGUUGUUGAUCUUCUACACCAGCAGUGUGUUCCUCUUCAUCGGUACCUGCGUUUUGGGACUGUGCAUUAGCAGCGUGUUCCCGUCCAUGCUGGCCUUUACAGAGGACAUGCUAGACUACAAAGGUUGUGCUACAACUGUCCUGGUGACCAGUGCCAGCACAGGAGAGAUGGUGCUGCAGCUGCUUGUUGGAUCAGUGAUCCACAGUCAGGGCAGUUACACUUUCCUGUUGUGUUGUACAAUAUCAUCAUUCAUCGGCUUCUGCCUGUUCCUGCUGCUCCUCUAUGUCCAGCACUGCCACAGACACUGCAGCACGGAUUCGUCUCAAAACACAGACAUGAAAGAGAAGCCUGAGACGGGAGGAUCUUGAUGCGAGGGGGUCCCUGAGAGACUGAGGGGGGAGACCAGAGCACACAAAUGGCCAAGCGGUUCUGCUGUGGACGACGGAAAGGGAGCAUGGGAAGAACCAUCUCUGGACGUUUCCACGUCUUAGCCCAGC